CUGGAAGAGAGUGUUGCAAACACACCCUGCCACCUGCUACAGGACCAUCUGUCCAGGCCCCUGUGACUCCCAGCCCUGCCAAAAUGGAGGCACAUGCAUUCCAGAGGGUGUGGAUAGAUACCACUGCCUCUGCCCGCUGGCGUUCGGAGGGGAAGUCAACUGCGCCCCGAAGCUGAGCCUGGAAUGCAGGAUUGAUGUCCUCUUCCUCCUGGACAGUUCCGCAGGCACCACUCCGGAGGGCUUCCGGCGGGCCAAGACCUUUGUGAAACGUUUCGUGCAGGCCGUGCUGACUGAGGACUCUCGGGCCCGCGUUGGGGUGGCCAGUUACAGCAGGGAUCUGAAGGUGGCCGUGCCUGUCGGGGAGUACCAGGAUAUUCCAGAUCUGGUCAGGAGCCUUGACCGCGUUCCCUUCAGUGGUGGCCCAACCCUGACCGGCAGUGCCUUGCUACAGGUAGCAGAGCAUGGUUUUGGGAGUGCCAGCAGGACAGGCCAGGACAGGCCACACAGAGCAGUGGUUCUGCUUACCGAAUCCCACUCCCAGGAUGAGGUGGCUGGGCCAGCAGCUCAUGCAAGGACUCGGGAGCUGCUCCUCCUGGGUGUGGGCAGUGAGAUGGUGCAGGCAGACCUGGAGUUGAUCACAGGUAGCCGGAAGCAUGUGCUGGUCUACACGGACCCUGGGGACCUACUCGGCCAAACCCCGGAGCUGCAGAGGAGGCUGUGCAGCCAGCCGCGGCCAGGCUGCCAAGCACAGUCACUGGACCUGGUGUUCCUGCUGGACGCCUCCGCCUCAGUGGGACCGGAGAACUUCGCUCGGAUGCAGACCUUCGUCAGGAAAUGUACCCUCCGCUUUGACGUGAACCCUGAUGUCACACAGGUUGGCCUGGUGGUAUAUGGCAGCCAGGUGCAGACAGCUUUUGGGCUGGACACCCACCCAACCCGUCCUGCUGUGCUGCGGGCCAUGAGCCAGGCUCCCUACCUAGGGGGUGUGGGCUCUGCUGGCACAGCCUUGCUGCACAUUGAUGACAAGGUGAUGACUGUCCAGAGGGGUGCCCGCCCUGGUGUCCCCAAGGCUGUCGUCAUGCUCACAGGCGGUAGUGGGGCAGAAGACGCAGCCGUCCCUGCCCAGAAGCUGAGAAACAAUGGCAUCUCAGUCUUGGUUGUGAGCGUGGGGGCUGUUCUCAGGGAAACAGUGCGGAGGCUUGCUGGUCCCCGGGACUCCCUGAUCCAUGUGGCAGCUUACUCAGACCUACGGUACCACCAGGACACGCUCAUUGAGUGGAUAUGUAGAGAAGCCAAGCGGCCAGUGAACCUCUGCAAACCCAGUCCAUGCAUGAAUGAAGGCAUCUGUGUUCUGAAGCAUGGCAGUUACCGCUGCGAGUGCCUCGGUGGCUGGGAAGGCCCCCACUGUGAGAACCGUGUCUUGAGAGGAGAUGCACUCAUGGCACAUAGCUUCCAGCAAGAGCCUGCAGGAAGACAGCAGCCAAGCCCCUCCCAGCAAGCUCCUGGGCAUCUCAGAAUCUGAGAGGCACUGACUAUGGCCCUCGGGCACCUCCUGGGGGUCCUGUAA